GUAUGCUCCUGAGGUUGGUUUUCGUUAUGACGGUUUGUAUAGAGUUGUUGAACUUCUCUUUGAUACAUCUGAACCACCAGAGAGUCUCUGUAAGGAGGCUCGCUCCUCUGCUGCUGCUGCUGCUGCUGCUGCUGCUGCUGGUGCUGGUGCUGCUAGUGGUCCUGGUGCUGCUGCUAGUGGUCCUUCUUCUAAAGGUAAUGGACGAGGGAAAGGAGCAGCUGCAGCAUGCAGCAACUACAGCAACAGCAGCAGCAGCAGCAGCAGCAGCAGCAGCAGCACCAGCACCAAUGGAGACGGACCUGAGAUUGUCUCUUCCGAUUCAGAUGAAGGAGACAAGAGACACGAUCCUUCUCCUGCUGUUCCUCCUCCUGCUGCUGCUGCUUCUGCUGCUGCUGCAGCAGGAGCAGCAGCAGCACCAUCUCCUGUGAUCGACAUUGUCGAUCUAACCCAAGGAACAACAGCAGGAACAGGAGGUCCUGCUGCUGCUGCUGCUGUUGCUGCUGCAUCAACAGCAGCAGCAUCUCAGGAGACUGAUAAGGAGGAGACAGACAUAGAGAUGUUAUCUUAUACCCAAUCCAAGGCUCGUAGCCGUGAGGCAGCAGCAGCAGCAGCAGCAGCAGCAGCAGCAGCAGCAGCAGGAGGAGGAGGGACAUCAUCAUCAGCACCAUCAUGCCAAUCCUCUUCCUCUUCCUCUUCCUGCUUACCAGGAGCAACAACAACAUCAGCAACAGCAGCAACAGUAGGAGUAGGAAUAGGUCGUGGUAUAAAGACAGAGGAGAGACAAUUAAGGGGACGAUGUAUAUUUAAAUUUAUAUUAAUAAGUAUACAUGCAAAUAUAUAUAUUCCUCCUGUCUCUAAUUGGAGACAAUUCAACUUCCAAUCUAUGACACAUCCUCUAUGGGAUACAGAUAGGAGACUUAGGCCUAUGCGGCAGCUAGCGGAGAAGCAAUUUGCAACACAUCGUCGAGUGCAGCAGCAAAUGGAGACAGCUGAUGAACUGUCUCUUCCCUCUACUACCACUCGUGUUGUGGAGGUGUACAGCGACCUCCCUCGUCCUUUCGCAGUGACUGUCCCUCCCUUUAUACCAUUGGCUAAGGGAGGAUAUACUAUAGCAACUCUUGCUAGCGUUGCUGCUGCAGCAUAUCAGGUGUAUGAGCACCUGCUGCAGAAGUGGGGCCGCAGCAGCAACAGCAGCAGCGGCAACGAUCCUGAGUGUAGUGUUGCUGCAGCAUUGGCUUAUGCAAGAAGUUGUCAAAAUUCUGCUGCAGCAGGAUCGGGAUCGGGAUCGGGAUCGGGAUCGUCAACGGGAUCGGGAUCGGGAUCGGGAUCGGGAUCGUGUCCUGCGUGGGCACGAUGUGGAUUUUUGCCUCUUGUGCUGAGGGUCGAGUCUUAUGAGUUGGAGCUGUCUCCUGUCUCCUCAGCAGAGAAGCAGAGACUAGUAGAUGUAUAUUUAAAGGAAGCAGCAGCAGCAGCAGCAGCAGGAACAGCACCAGCAACAGGACAAAGAUGGGGAGGUGUGGGGUGGGAAGGAGGAGGAAGAAGGAGACACCAAUUAGAAGAAAGGAGACAGGAAGAAGGAGACACCUCCAUGGAUUGUCAAAGCAGCAGCAACACAAGCAGCAACGCCUUCAACAGCAGCAGCAACAGCAACAGCAGCAGCAGCAGCAGCAGCGAUGGCACAACUAACAACGACAACAAUCAUAACCACACCAACAGCAGCAGCAGCAGCAGCAGCAGCAACCACGACACUACCAGCAACAGCAGCAGCAGCAACAGCAGCAGCAGCAGCAGGAGCAAGACACUAGGCCAUCAUGAGUGUAUAGAGAGACUAAUAGAGAGGAUGGAGACAAAUAAGCGCAGCAGCAAUGGUCAUCGUCCCCUUAGAUGGAUAAAAAAGGAGACACGUCUUAUUGUUAGCAAAGCGCAUGCAUUGCAAUUUGCUCAUUGCUAUUUACCGCAGGUAUACACAGCAGACACACAACAACAGCAGCAACAGCAGCAGCAAUAG